GAGACAGACAGAGAGGGCAGGCGAGGUAGAGUUUCCACAGUUUUUCUACAGCAGUAAACUUUCUGCUGUUUUUGGUGUUUUUCGUUUUUGGGUUCGAAGUUAAGUUGUGUGUGAGGACAGACUCGUCAUGGUGACCACUGAGACCCACCAGACCCAGGACCUGCUGGUCCCCACACAGAACCAGGACCAGCUAGACCAGCUAGACCAGUUGGACCAGCAGCAGGAGCAGCAGGAUGAGAACCAGGCCUCCCCCUCGUCCCCCCUGGCAGGAUUCGACCCGGAGACAAUGAGUCAGGGUCCCGUCAACGCCAUCACGGUCCUAACUCUGCUGGACAAACUGGUCAACAUGCUGGACACCGUGCAGGAAAAUCAGAACAAGAUGGAGGUGCACCAGGUGGAGAUGGAGGGUGUGGUCAGAGGGAUCCAGGCUGAUAUGACCAAACUGUCCAAGAGCCACAGUCACACCUCCAACACGGUCAGCAAACUGCUGGACAAGAGCCGUAAACUGUCCGUCACCAUGAAGGAGGUACGAGAUAAGAUGGAGCGUCAGGGACUCCAGGUGAAGAAGCUGGAGGCGAAUCACGCCCACCUGAUCAACAGGAACAACUUCAAAGUCCUUAUCUUCCAGGAGGAAAAUGAGAUCCCCUCCAGUGUUUUCAUAAAAGAUCCUCCUCCAUUCCCUCGUGAUGAGAUUUUGGAAGAAGGCGAUGAAUCAGCACCAGGCGUCGUUGAUGGCAAUCGAUCCCAGGAGGGUGGGCUGCAGACCAUCGACCUAUCAUCUGAUGAGGAUGUCGGGCUGGACGCGGAGCUAGAGGAAGAGGAAAUGUGGCCUCAUGAUCUGGAGAACAUGGAGAAAUCCAGAGCUGAGAAACUGAAACGCUCCAGUCUGAAGAAGGUCGACAGUCUGAAGAAGGCAUUCUCCAGGCAGAACAUCGAGAAGAAGAUGACAAAGAUUGGAACAAAGAUUGUUUCUCAGGAGCAACGAGAGAAGAUCAAACAGAAAACCUCCAGCCUGAAGGUUUCACCUCUGACAUUCAGUAUCAGAAAGCCUCGCAGCAGCUCCGACUCUCAGCCCACUGAAGGCUCUACUCAGGCUGGCGAGGCAGUGAUCACUGAGGCUGAGGUCCAGCUCUCCCCACUGGGUGGCACUGACCAGGAGGUCCCCUUCACUGAGGUCCACGCCCAGCUGGCCCCAGCUGAGCAGGAAGAGAAGGAGGAGGAGAUGAAGGAGGAGGUGAAAGAAGAGGAGGAGAAAGAGGAGGAGGAGGAGAGGGGAGGUGAGGAGGCAUCAGGUGUGGAGGCAGAUCUGUCGGUGGUUUCAGAGGGAGUGAGUCAGGAUUACGCUCUGUCCACCACCCUGCGCCAGGAGGAGAAAGAGGAGGAGAAAGAGGAGGAGAAAGAGGAGGAAUCCUAAACACUCUUCAUGGAGCUGUGAUCGAUCAGAGUUCAGAUCUGUGUUGUGAUCGAUCAGAGACUGAAGUUUUGUCUUGUUUAUUGAUUAAUAUCUUUUUAGUAAGUGUCUGCACACAGGUUGAUUGAUUGAUUACAGAUAUCGGAUCAGCUGAUAUUUAAUGUCUUUAUAUGUCACCAUGAAAACUACAUAUCUCCAAAAAUCCAAAAGUUUAGUUUGAAGUUGGAGAAUUUUAAUAUUUAAUUCUUCAACUUAUCUGAAAACCUAAACCUUAUGAUAUGUUGUUUUUCUUGGUCAGCAAUGUUCCUUUCAGGUUCCUUUUUACGUUUAUUUGUUUUAUUCAAAACCAGCUAAUAAUAACUAAUGAUCAAUAACAGAUAAUUAACAUCGAUAUAGCGUAAAAACAUCAGUGGAACCUGGUUCUCAGGAAUUACUGGAGGUAAACAUGGUGCUGAACAGAUCCCUGAGAACAUUAAACAUUCCUCUGACAUUAUUCCAAUGUUCCUGUUGUGUAUGAAUAUACUAAUCUUUUUCUCACCUUGAGGUUCCUCUAAAGUUCUCCUACUGUAUCCCAGUUAUUUCCCUAACGUUUCUCAAAGUUUAGUCAAACAUUCACCAAAAGAUCCCUUUAACUAAAGUACCUCUAAGGUUCCACUGAGGUUGCCCAUUGUUCCCCCAGGGUUCCCAUCGAGUUUAUGUCAGGUUCCACUUGAGUUCCCAUAGAGUUUCUCAGAGGUUCCUCUAAGGUUCACCUAGAACUCUGCUAAGGUACUCCCAAGUUUUGCCCAAGGGUCCCCAAAGCCCCUACCAGUUCCUCCAAAUGGUUUUCCACUAAAGUUUUUUCCAAAGGUUUCUCCUAUAAGGUUCCUCUACCUUUGUCUUAAGGUACCCCAACAUCGUCUAACAUUGGUCUUCCAGCGUUUUCUUAGCAUUCCAUUAAGGGUUCUGCUAACAUUCCAACUUUUUUUUAAGGUUCUUCUAAAGUUCCCAUAAUAUUCUGUCUAUGUGUCUGUUACUGAAAUGAGUUCUAUCUGAAAUGAUCUGUGUUCCAAUGCUCAAUUAAUGAUCAAUAAGUCGAUCAGUUUGGUUCCUCUAGCCUCUGUGUGUGUGUGUGUGUGUGUACACUGAAUAAUAACAAUAUAACUGCAUAUUAUUCACCCUGAAGUAUUGAUAACUGACAUCUGUUCUGUUAAAGACUGAUGAUGCAUAUUGAUGAAUAUUGAUGACAUAAACAGUCUGUUUUGUUAAAACUGAACAAUUUAAACUGUUUUAUCUCUUUUAUGUUACUGUUUUUCAUUUUAUUUUGACAGAAAUAGAAACUUCCUGCUGCCAAAGAACAUUUCCUGUUUGACGUAUGUUACCUGUCCGAUUGUCAAUCAUCCAACAGGUGUGUGACAAUUACCUGAAAAUAAAGAAUAAAAUCAA